AUGCCUCUCUGCGCUGCCUGUUGCGUCACCAAAGGCUUUAACAAGUUUCAUGGCGGACAGCGUCACCUGCAGCGUCCAGUGUGUAAGGAAUGUUUUAGGAAUGGGAAGAAGCCGGUGGACCUUGGAGGCGAGCCGGAAACGUUGCUGAUCCGAGCUCCAGGCGACAAGAAAACUGUGAGUCUGGCAGGUUUUCAACUGCUCAGUGUCAUCGGACAGGGUGCAUUCGGCAAGGUGCUACUGGUGCGACACUUUACCACCGGAAAGGUUCACGCGAUGAAGAUCAUCAGUAAACAGUUCGUCAUUGAUAUGGAUAGCGUUCACUACAUGAAGACUGAGCGCGAUAUUCGCCACCCUUUCGUGAUUGGGCUGAAUUAUGCCUUUCAAACCGAGUCCAAGGUUUACCUGGUAAUGGAUUACCAGUCGGGAGGAGAGUUAUUCUCUUAUCUGAAGGAAGAAGGCACUUUUACUGAGGAUGCCACACGUUUCUACUUGGCCGAAAUGAUUCUGGCACUGGAGCACCUUCAUGGACAUGGCAUUAUUCAUCGCGACCUAAAGCCUGAAAACGUUCUCAUUUCAGCCGAAGGGCACAUCAAACUGACCGACUUCGGAUUGGCAAAAGAGUAUGUUGAAGGACAGGAGUUGCUAACAGUUUGCGGCACAAAAGAAUACAUGGCCCCGGAAAUGCUACUCGGCAAGGGAUACGACUCGGCUGUAGAUUGGUGGUCACUUGGCGCUCUUGCGUACGAGAUGCUGACCGGGAACCCGCCAUUCAGAUCGAAAAACCCAGCAGACUUGCACAAGAAAAUUCUCUCAGCUAAGAUCCAAUUGCCGCGAUGGCUUUCAGGGGAAGCUCACUCGUUGAUCAAGUCUCUGUUGGAGCGUAAUGUAAGCAAAAGACUUGGCGGUGGCAAGUCGUCCAUGUUCGUGGUGAAAGGAGUGCAGGCUAUAAAGCGCCACCCCUUUUUCAAGUCGGUGGACUGGGAGAAGAUGGAAACUCUUCGCGUUCCUCCACCAAUGGUGCCCAGUGUUUCCGACGAAGCGGACACGAGUAAUUUUGACAAGAAAUUCACAGACAUGUCAGCUUCGGACCUGCUGUGCGACCCGGUCAUUGAAGAAGACAACAACCUGUUUCGAGGUUUCUCAUUUUGCCGUCGAGACAGCCUUAAGGAGAUCAUCUCGAACCCGCAAUCACCGAUCAACACAACGCUGCUACCAACUAUUGCAAGUCUAGUUAUUGAUGGCGACGACAUCAAGGACAUCAAUGACGCUAUCGCGACAGCAGCGGGCAAGCAGCCAGCAAUUUUGACCUGAACGACGGAAUCACUGCUCCUUCUUCUCCUCCAACUUCGCGGCGAGCGUGUCAAUCGAGCUGAACUGACGAG